GGUGGCGAGUGUGGGCGUGGGCGGACGAGUGGGCGUGAGCAGGAGGAAAUUCGGUGCCUGGCGGGGGGGCGCGAGAGGGAGGUAUGGCACAAAGCAUGAACAGAUACGUGACACUCAACGAGCUUGGCACCGGCACCUAUGGCUCCGUGGUGCUGGGCCAGAGGAUAGACACCGGAGAGAAAGUGGCCAUUAAGAGGAUGAAAAGAAAAUUCUACUCCUGGGAUGAGGCGAUGAAUCUUCGAGAAGUUAAAUCCCUCAAGAAGCUAAGCCACGCCAACGUUGUGAAGCUCAAGGAGGUGAUUAGGGAGAAUGACACACUCUACUUCGUCUUUGAGUACAUGAAGGAAAACCUUUAUCAGCUGAUGAAGUCAAGAGAGAAGCACUUCAGCGAAUCCAUGGUGAAGAACAUCGUCUGCCAGGUGCUUCAGGGUCUCUCCUUCAUGCACAAACACGGUUACUUUCACCGUGACAUGAAACCCGAGAACCUCCUUUGCAUGGGUCCCGAUGUCGUGAAGAUUGCUGAUUUCGGUCUCGCAAGAGAAAUCAGGUCUCGACCACCUUACACUGACUACGUCUCUACUAGAUGGUACCGCGCCCCGGAAGUCCUCCUGCGUUCGACCAACUACAGCAGCCCCAUCGACAUCUGGGCGGUGGGUGCCAUCAUGGCGGAGAUCUAUACCUUCAGGCCUCUCUUCCCAGGCUCCUCCGAGAUCGAUCAGAUCUUCAAGAUCUGUUCCGUUUUGGGGACUCCGGACAAGAGGGACUGGCCUGAAGGUUACUCGCUGGCACAGCAGAUGAACUUCAAAUUCCCCCAGUUUUCCCCGACGCCUUUAGCAUCGCUCAUCCCCAACGCUGGGCCAGACGCCAUCGCCAUCAUGACAGACAUGAUGCGAUGGAAUCCUGCGAAGAGACCCACCGCACAGCAGUGCCUCAGGUACGCUUACUUCAAGGACCAGAAGGCCUCGGACAUGAACAGCCUCUCCUACUCGCUGGCCAAUGCCAGGCUCUCAGACACCUACGCGAGCGAGGACGGGAACCAGGGAGGCGGCGCUGGCAGAGGUGUGAAGAGCAGUGCCAAUGGCUUGGGUGUUGUGGGCAGCAAUGGCAUCCAAAACGGCUUGACGCACCGAGCAAAAAUCAGCCUUGACCUGGACCCUGGCACGCGCGGUCCCGAGCACGCCCCGCCCGCACCCACCCUCCACCAGCGGGCGUCGGCGCGGCGUGGGGGCGGGAUCGAGGCGUCUCAGGGGGAAAUGCGGGCGCGGGGGACCUUCUCAAAGCCCUUAGUGCCGGCGGGAAUCGGCCUGGGCUCGAACAGUCUUAGAGAAAAUAACUACUUCCCCAGCACCAAGUAUAGGUCGACCUACUACAAUCCUACCAACAAAGACAACAAAUUUGACGAGUUUGAAGACAAUAAAAUUAAUGGUUUUGGGAACCUGAGACCCUCUUUCCCUGCAGGAGCUGUUAGCCGCAGCAUGCCAGGAUCUCUAGUGUCCGUACAGGCGGGGGGGUCCAAUGUGAUAGGCGUCAGGACACACACGUACCCGAGCGCCAACGCCUCGAGCAUGGCCGCGGGCUCCUUCGCAACGGGUCCUACGCGGUCCAACAGCGCCAAUGCGAAUGUGCACGGCAGGACCAACUGGGCGGCUAAAUACCUCAAAUAGAGUAGCGGUGCGCAAAAGGAAACUCAUUCAAAGCAACAUGAGACCGCUAGAAGACAGCAGCAGACUGCCGCCCUUCGAGUGGCUGCCCGACGCGCCGUAGUCUUAGGGAGGAGGACCCACAGGUUCUGAUGAGUGAGGAAUCCGCGGCAGGAAGUGGAGGGCGCCCUUCACUGCUCGCGGGAGGACUUGUGGGAGAGAAAUGAGAGUGGGAAGGAGAUUUAUGUGGGAAAUCUGGAGAUGAAUAUAUAUAUAUAUAUAUAUAUAUAUAUAUAUAUAUAUAUAUAUUGUAUAAUUUCAUCCACUUGCGACCAGAAUCGUACGUGAUGCGUUUCUAAGUAAAAAGCUGAUAUUAAAAACGAUAAUGGUUUUAUAAAAUAAAAGUAUGCAAAAUUAAUUCAAGCUGGUAUUGUAGCAUCACGAAAAUUCCAGUUUGUAAAUCUUAAAUUCUAAAAUAUAAUAGAAAUAUAUAUUCAGCUUAAAACAAAUUAUAAACCGAGGUGCAGUUAUAAUAUUACAUAGUUUCUAGCAUAAAUUCCCUUCCUGCCUCACUCGAGAUCUGGCAUCGACGACGCCUCUCCCUUUAAGCGUUGAUAUUAUCUGUGAUACAAAGUACAAUCUUGGCAGCCUGACCAUUCAAACUUUCAUUGACGACAACGAGACAUAUAAUAGAUAUAUGAAAUUGCAUAUUUAUGAGUAUAUAGGUAAAUCUUCACCAAAGUCUAUUUGCACAUAAGUUAGCAUACAUCCGUCCAUACCGCCGUGUGCGGAACAGAGUGGAGGGAAAAGGCUGAAGUACAGAGUAGUUUGUGGCAAUUAAUGGUUUGGCCACGAACUCAUGAUAAACGAGUUACAAAUUCGUUUGAGACGAAGAAAUACAUGGUACUAUUUGGUGCGUCCAGUUCAGUGAACAUUUGUGAUCCUUGCCGUCCACAGAGAUAUACAUUCCGGGAGUUGAAAGCAUUGUCCACUGUGAUAUAUCACUAAUUAUAUGUGUGUCAACAACAGUUUCUUCGUGAAACCGUCAAGAGAACAUGCAGGCCUUGCAUAGUGAAUACUAAGCUACCGCCAACGAAACUCGACCUAAAGAAGUCCGGUUCGAAUCCAUCAUUCUCUGAAAUGAUGUUGCAUUCGAAUCAUUUAUGAGUGUCUGAUGUAUUUACACACGAGCUAAGAUUAAUAUAUAUGUAUGUACAAUCUAACUUAUGGCAGUAUGUCUGUAUAGAUAGUCGUAGGAUCGAACCAUUGCACAAGGAACAUUAUGGAGUUACUCGGGACGUUUGAGAGGUAGAAAUGUACAAAACUAUAAUUUUCUCUUUAUUCACACCAUCAUGGUAAGUGUGUCUGGUACGGCUUCAUGUAACACAUUUCCUGAACGAUUUCUCUACGUGGUCCUUUAAUUUCCCCACACUUGUCAAUAUGCGUGACUAGACCUGAGUCAGAGCACUGUAAAUUGUACAUAAGACAAAUCACAUGUACCUAAAACAUGUUUUAUGUUGAUGAUUGUUAUAAAUCCACAAUGGAUGCAUAGACUGAUGCUUGCUGAAGUAACUAGGUAAUUGCUUUGAUUUCUUUAUUGUUAACAUCAAUGUAUAAAACAGCAAAAAUAAAUAAAUAAAGAAAAAACAGGUAGUUGAAAAGGGGCCAAAUUUAACCUGAUUUUUAGGUUGCUGUACAUGAAUGUCGAUAUAUACAAUAACUAUGGAUUUUCUACCUACACUAAAAUGUUCAGAAGCACCCAACUAUCAACGCCAAUACUCUUCGCUAUUAAGUUGAUAUUCUACAACCCAUUAACAUUCCACAGUUUCUGCUUGACCUAAACAUCUGUGACAAUGUAAUAUACACAACGAUGCAGUGUGAUUAACAAGGGAUAAACUGGCAUUAUCUUUCACCCGGCCUUGUUAUAUUACGAAUGACAAUCUGCAAGCAAAGACUAUGAGCAUAUGCUCAGGCAGCAAUCAAUGGUGAUUUGUUACAGCAAAUGGCAG